GCUCAGUCAUAGCCAACCACUCACGCUCAUCCCUCUUCUUCUUCCCUUCCCUUCCCUUCCCUUCCCUUCUCUGCCAGAGGGAAAGAGACGGAGGGGCGCAUGCUCCGGUUACUAGCUUCGUCAGUUCGAUCCGCGCCUUUUCAAUCAGCUUUCAGAAUUUAUUGCCACGGCCCGGUUCGUGUUUGCUAGCUUCGAUCUGCUCAUCCUAUCGAUCGUCCAGAAGAAGCCGGAGGCGAUAGGUAGAGAGAGGACGAAAAGUCUAACAGAUUCAGGUAGGCUAUUGUCCAAGGUACAUAUCCUUCGUGACCUGGACUGGUCAGGACUGUGAGAGUGUGGCGACUGGCCUCUAGCGACUCCGAAGCCAUAAGAGAACAGCACACUUGCGUUGGUGGUGGUGCCGUGCUAAUCAAUUCUGUGAUCGAUGGCGGCUGCCUCUUCUGCACACUUGUUCGGACUCGGCGACGCGCAGAUGCAGCCACCGCCACCGCCACCGCAGCAGGCGGCGCCUCCUCCUCCUGCGCAGAACCCCGCCACGCCGGCCCCCAAGAAGAAGAGGAAUCAGCCCGGCAAUCCAACAGAUCCCGAUGCGGAGGUGAUCGCGCUGUCCCCCAAGACGCUGAUGGCGACCAACCGGUUCGUGUGCGAGGUGUGCAACAAGGGUUUCCAGCGGGAGCAGAACCUGCAGCUGCACCGGCGCGGGCACAACCUGCCGUGGAAGCUGAAGCAGAAGAACCCCAAGGAGACGCGGCGGCGGGUGUACCUGUGCCCGGAGCCGACGUGCGUGCACCACGACCCGUCGCGUGCGCUCGGCGACCUCACCGGGAUCAAGAAGCACUACUGCCGCAAGCACGGCGAGAAGAAAUGGAAGUGCGACAAGUGCAACAAGCGCUAUGCCGUGCAGUCCGACUGGAAGGCGCACUCCAAGACCUGCGGCACGCGCGAGUACCGAUGCGACUGUGGCACGCUCUUCUCGAGGAGGGACAGCUUCAUCACCCACCGUGCGUUCUGCGACGCACUGGCGCAGGAGAGCGCACGGGUGCCGCCUAUCAGCGCUGGCAUGUACGGCUCCGGCGGCAUGACCCUCGGCCUCUGCGGGAUGACCGCCCCCCAGCUGCAAUCCUUCCAAGCCCAUGCCCACUCCUCGGCCACCACCGCCAUCAGCGGCAAUCCGGCGGCGCAGUUCGAGCACCUCAUGGCGUCCUCCACCGGAUCCCCCGCGUUCCGCGGCGCGCAGCCGGCGUCAUCGUCCUCCUCGCCGUUCUAUCUAGGGGGUGCCGAGGACGGACAAGGCCAACCCGGCCACACCUCUCUGCUGCACGGCAAACCGACCUUCCACGGCCUGAUGCAGCUGCCGGAGCAGCACCAGCCGGGGAGCAACGGCCUCCUGAACUUGGGGUUCUUCUCGGGCGCGAGCAGCGGCCAGGACGCGCGCCUCGUCUUCCCGGACCAGUUCAACGGUUCCGCUCCCGGGGCCGGGAAUGGCCGCGGCGAUGGCGGCGAGCACGGCAACAGCAGCGCCAACACCGAGUCGGCGGCCAUCUUCUCGGGGAACCUAAUGGGCAACCAAAUGGGAGGCGGCACCGGCUUCUCUUCUUCCUUGUACAACUCGUCAGAGACCGUCGCGCCGCCGCAGAUGUCGGCGACAGCCCUGUUGCAGAAGGCCGCUCAGAUGGGCGCGACGACGAGCGGCGGCGGAGGCGGCAGCGUGAACUCGCUGCUCAGGGGGCUCGGUAGCGGCGGCGCUUUGAACGGGAGACCUGCCGGAGCAGCAGGGUUCAUGGCAGGGGAGAGAUUAUCGAGGAGCACUUCUCAGGCGGAGAACGAGAGCCAGUUCCGGGACCUGAUGAACACGCUCGCGGCUUCCGGGAACGGAGCCGGCGCAGCGUUCAGAGGUGGCUUCCCUGGCGUGGACGACAGCAAGCUGAGCACGAGGGACUUCCUUGGCGUCGGUGGCGGCGUUGUGCGGAGCUUGAACGGCGCGGCGGGGCUGCCUCUGAGGCACGGCGCCGCGGGCAUUGGCAUGGGCUCAUUGGACCCAGAAAUGAAGUAGGAGAUGGAAAUCCGAAACAACCAACGCAUGCAAGCACAACUCUUGGUUCGUACAGUACAAGCUAAUGGCUAGGGUUCAUGGAGUUGGUUUGAGACAAAGUUAUGAUGCAGGUGCAUGGUGACUGCAUGCUGGUGAAGUGGUGAUCCACCCACAUGUUGUGUUGUUGGAUGUUGAUGGGAUGUACCGCAGUGUAGUGUAGCUUCUGGGGAUCCAUCAUGGAAGCAAGAAAUAAUAGCAGAGAAGGCCGGACCAUUUGUUCAAAUGUUGGUGAUUAAUCAGUUAAUUUUGGCUCUGAUAA